AUGGGUAUCUUACAGAUCACUUGCAGAAGAAAUCUACACAAGCAUUUGUAGUAUGUGACAAGGAAAUUGAUGCCAAAUUAAUAGUGGUAGCCUUUAGAGGAACACAAUUAUUUGAGGCAGAUGAUUACAUAACAGAUUUAGAUUUCUCAUGGUAUGACUUUCCCCAAAUAGGAAAAGUCCAUUUAGGAUUUCUAGAGGCUUUGGGUCUAGCAAACCGUUCAAUUGAUAAGAAAUCCUCACAUCAUCUCGAAACACAAGACAUCAACAAACCUCUAGCCUAUUUUGUUCUAUGCCAACAGUUAAAGAACCUUUUACAAAUCCACAAAAAUGCAAAAUUCAUUGUGACAGGUCAUAGUUUAGGAGGAGCUUUAGCUGUAUUAUUUUUAGCAAUGCUAUUUGUGAACAAGGAGGAUAAGUUGUUAGAAAAACUAUUGGCUAUUUAUACAUUUGGACAACCUAGAGUUGGUGAUAAAGAAUUUGGAGAUUUCAUGAAUAGUAAACUAAAACAAUCCAAACCCAAAUAUUUUAGAGUUGUAUAUUCCAAUGACCUUAUUCCAAGAUUACCUUUUGAUGAUGGCCUAUUCAUGUAUAAGCACUUUGGAGUAUGUCUUUACUACAACUGCUGUUAUUGUCAAAAGAAUCUUGUGGAAGCCCCCAAUAGAGAUCUCACGUUGGUGUACUUCAUACCCAUAAGAAUAACUGCCAUAUGGGAAUUGUUACAAUCCUUAGUAUUACAUUACAUUAAGGGAGAGAGCUUCAAGGAGACCAAACUUUCUAUUAUCUCUAGAAUAUUUGGAAUUUUGGUUCCAGGGAUUUCAGCACAUAGUCCAGUAAAUUACAUUAAUGCAAUAAGAUUGGGUCCUCCUAGAUUGAAUCCAACUUUGAGUAAUGUAAAAGGAUAAUAUAUCUUAUUUGAAGGAUGCAGUCUUACUAAUGUGAAUGGCUGAAUACAAAUCAUUCUUCACAUUGAAAGAAAGACAUUCACUUUGAGCCCAUCUUUUAGAUGGUUUCCACUUAUUUAGAAAAUUUUA